AUGGUGAAAAUAACAGUAGAAUUGGUGCGAAAGAAGGCAGAGCAUCAUGACCGUCAAUUGGGACCAUUAGAAGAAAUUGCAUUACACCAAGAAAAUAUUGAAAAGAUAGAAUAUUUACAAGACUGGUGUCCGAAACUGAAAAUUCUCUUAAUGCAAAGCAAUCUAAUUGCAAAAAUUGAAAAUUUAAAUAAGUUAAAACAUUUGUCUUACCUAAAUUUAGCACUUAAUAAUAUAGAAAAGAUAGAAAAUCUAGAAAGAUGUGAAUCGUUGCAAAAACUGGACCUUACUCUGAAUUUUAUCGGAGAAAUUGUGAGUGUGGAAAACCUUGUUAAUAACUACAAUCUCGAAAAUUUAUUUUUGACAGGAAACCCUUGCACAGAUUACGAUAACUAUCGUGACUUUGUUAUUGGAACAUUACCUCAACUUACUACUUUGGAUGGAAAAGAUAUAGAACGUUCUGAUAGGAUUAAAGCCUUACAAAAUCUGAAAAUAAUAAGAUCAGAUGUCAUAUUUGAGCAAGAAAACUACAGAUGUCAAAGAAAAAAGCAAAAGGCACGCCUGGAGCGGAAUAUUCAAGAUAAGUGGGAAAACGAAUAUAAAAAUAUGGAUCCAGAAGAAAGAAAUAAAAAAUUCUGGGCCGAAAAAUGUGAACACGCACCAGAAGUGCGCCACGAGAUUGAGCAUAUGCGCCAACUUAAAGCUAAAAGUUAUGAAACCUCAGAAAAAAAGGAAGAAAAACGGACAUACAAAUUUUUCGCUCCCGAUGGACGACCUUUUAACAUCAACCAAGGAAAAAUCGAUUUCAAAUUUGAGGACUCGGAAACAGGCAUGUAUGUUCUUGAUUUAGCUGUCUACAAACAUUUAGACACCAGCCUAAUAGAUGUUGAUGUACAACCGAAUUAUGUAAGAGUAAUGGUGAAAGGUAAAAUAUUUCAGCUCCAUCUACCGGAGGAAGUAGACACUACUAACUCUAAAGCUGAACGCUCCCAAAUAACCGGUCACUUGCUAGUUACAAUGCCGAAAGCUAAUGCUGUGCUUUCCAACCUUGCUGCUACUGAGGUGAAUACAAAAAAGCACGCUCAGUUAUACACAGACCAUCAAGAAAAAGAUUGUCAGAAAGGUUCAGGACAAAGUAAACGUGAAUUUUUAGAAAUAGGUCCUGCUGAUAACAAUUUAGAUUUUACCAAAAUGACACAAUCAAAUUCUAUGCCUACCUAUAUUGACCCAAGACUUAAGUUUAUAGUAAAACAACCUUCUCCAGAUUUUGUAGACAAUCCUGAAGUUCCAGAUCUGAUUUAAGCACAAAUGAUUCUCCAUUAGAUAGUAUAUUAAAGAUGAUAUACCCUAUUUCGCGGAUAACUAUAAUUGGAAAUAUUAUUUUUGCUAAAACGUGAAAAAAAAACAGUAUAAGAUUACUCGGUUGGAAAAUUGUUUUCCAUAGUUAAAUUUUACAUGGGGAACGAGUCAAAAUAUUUUUUUUUUAUAAUAAACAUACAUUAAAUUGUCUUAUAUAUAUAUUUAGCAGACACACAUGCGUUUGACACAUCUGAGUGGUAAUCGUAAGUUUUACGCUAACGCGUUCACUAGUGAGCGCGUUAAGAAUUUGUAUGGAGAUUUGUAGUUAUUGAUAGUUACCACUAGGGGCGCUGUACAGGAUUAUCUCUGAAUGAAUUCUAAUUCGGGUUUGGAUUUUUACAGAAUCGCAGGGCUGCUUACUUAAUGUGAAACAAUCCAUAGAUUUCAUAAAUAUAAUAAAUCAAUGGAUAAUAUAACUUUAUAGUCUAACUUUAACAAUAGUGCAACCACUCUUUCUUCUUAAUUAUAAUAAAUAACACAAAAUAGAUAUUAUUGAAAUGUAUUUUUAUUCAAUAAUAUUCUUAGAUUUUUAGAAUUAGAUCUUUUUAAACAGGUAAGUUAAAAGUAAAUAAUUUUUAACAAAAGAAAUACAACCUUACCAGUCAUUAAAAUAGAAAAAUCUCAGAAGUAACUUUUGAGUAAUAAUUUACAUACUAUCAAGGUAGGUAAAUUCUUAAUUUUAGUUAUAAAUAUUGAAUAUAAUAGCAUGACAACCUUUUUGAAUAAACAGAUCAGCAAUAUUACGUUAUUUAAUUUAUUUGUUGAAACUUUCAGUCAAGUUCGUAUUCUUAAAAUAAAUAUUAGAUUAAUAGAUAUUAAAUAAGAUUUACUUGUGAUUUUUAUUAUUUUCUAUUCCAAUAGGAAACAAUUUACAAAUACAUAAGUAGUUAUUACAUAUUUACAAAAUAUCAACUUAAUAUCUAACAUACAAUCUCCUUAUACCUAAUUAACACAUUUCAAUGUCAAUCUUGAUAGAUGUCUGAAACACACCCAAUAAAGUAAAAUAAAUAAUCAAUAUUGGAAAUAAAACUAUUUAUAAUUAAUAUAUUUUUGUAUUUUUUCUUUAUCAAAGUUUACGAUCUAAGGCGAACUCUCAAAAAGGUAGACUGUGACGUCACAAUGGUAUUUCAAUAUUGUAUAUUAUUAUUUAAUUAUAAUAUUAAUGGGUAAACAGGUAUGUAUAUGAAAAAGCAAUGUUAGUACUCAAUUGUCGUAUAACUAUAUACUUUAUUAUUAGCCACCUAGAGUCUUAGCAAGUCAUUUUCAUUUCUUUUUAAUACUCUUUACUCGCUUUCUUCUGUUUAGUAUUUAACAU